AUGCUUCAAAAGGCACAUCAAGCCCCGGUUGCAUCUGAAAUCAUUAUCGCCCAUGAUACAUCGGGGCUCCACGGCCCGAUGGAUCAUGAUUCUAUCUAUUCGAUUCCAUCCCUAUGGAAGUCUGAUGACGAUGAUAAAGAUUACAUCUAUCGGAUGUGUGAUAGAACUGCACGGGUGGCACGGGGGGACCGCGUUGUGCUACGUGCGCGGAGGGGUACUACGGCAGCCCCGGGGCGGGCUGCAGCGCCUGCCCCUGCCCCUCUCGCGCCCACAACUACGCCGCCGCCUGCACGCUCGCCGCCGGACGACUGCACUGCCUCUGCAAACCAGGGUACACAGGGUCGGAGUGCGAGCGUUGCGCGAUGGGCUGGUACCGGGGCGCGGGCGGGUCAUGCGUGGAGUGCGGGUGCGACCCGCGCGGGGCGCUGGGGCCCGCGUGCGACCCCGCGGGCCGCUGCCGCUGCCGCCCCGCCGCCGCCGGCUCGCGCUGCGACCGCUGCGCCGCGCCCCGCACCUAUCUGCACGCCGCUGCUGACUGCAGGCGUGACAUGCGAUAAUUGCACCCAAACUCUCCUCGACUCUGUGGAAGAGUUAAAUCUUGACCUACGCACUAGAGCUGAUCCCACCGAACUGAGUCGAAUACCUAAACCGUACCCGGCGUUGCUGGAAUUCAAACAUAAUACCUCCCUACUGAGCUCCACCUUAGAAUCUCUCAGCAGAGACGUGGUCGACACGAAAAUCCUCACGCGCACUAUCCAUGAUUUAGAGGAGAAAGAACAUAAAAUAUUCACUGAAGCCUACAGACUUAAAACUGAAGCUUCUACUAUAGAAAAACAUGCGCAUUACUUGAGUCUAGAGAGCAUGAGUGGGUUGGAAGAAGUGUUGAAACAGAGAAGACGGCUGGCCGAAGAAGUGGCGGCUUUGGGUGAAUUCACGUUUGGCGAUAAACAUUUAUCAGCGCGAAAAGCAUUAAAGGAAGCCAAACAUUUACUCAAACAAAUAAAGGAUAUUAAGGUUUCCGAUUUCUUAGGAGGAGCUAACGAUGUUUUUGAUUCGGCGACACUACAAUCAACAGCCGUGCAAGAGUACGAUUACCGUUUAGAAGACACCCAAAGACGAGUAUUGCAGCUGAAAGAUGCUCUAGAACAGUGGGAAAAGAAGUCUGAAGAUCUGCAGCGGCUAGGGAACGUAGUUUGGAGCGCGGGAGACCAGGUGGCAGCUAUCGAGAAGACAGUCAAACCUAAACUCUCUGCUCUGAGAGACACAGCGCUUCGUUGCAGAUUGAUGCUUGAGGACAUAACAUCAUUAUCUCCUAAAAACUUGACGGACGAAGUGAGUUCAUCUCUCCUCCGUGCUCAAUCCCUCGCUAUUCGGUUCCCGAGUGCGGUGGCCGAACUGGCGGUGCUCACGCUAGCCGCCGAGGAGAAAGAGGGCAUCCUCUACAAUCUGACGCCGCAGUACCGUCUCAAAUAUUUGGAACCGGUCGAGAAACACGUCGCAUAUCUCACCGAGGAGGCGAAGCGCUACAAGAGAGUGUUCUCUGGCGCGCGGGAGGCGGCGUCCCUGGGCGUAUCGGCGGCGCACGCGUGGGGCGCGGUGGCGGACGCGGUGCGGGACGCCGCUGCCGCCGCCGCCGCCGCCGCCGCGUCUGCCACUGCCGCCGCUGCCACCUUCACUGCGGACUCUGUGCCGCGCGCCGCCACAUCCGCUGACCUUGAAAAGAGAGCUGCUGAUCUCCUCGCCGAAUCGGAGGAGCUGCGCAACCGGCUGGAGUCGCUGCGCCGCGCCGGUGACGUGGUGGGCGUGUCGCUGCGUGCGCUGGGGUGGGGCGAGCGCGCGCUGGGCGGGCGGCCGCGCGCGCACGUGGCCGCCGCGCUGCGGGAGGCGGGCGCGCGCGCCGACACCGUCUUCGGCACCAUGCGCGCGCUGUACGACGACGCCGCCGAGCUGCGCCGCCGCGCGCGGUACUCGCUGCGCCGGAAGUUGGCGGACCUGCAGCGGCACGGGGACACGCAGCUGGGCGCCGCGCAGGAACACGUGUCUCAAAUCCGCGGCAACACGCUGCGUGGUGCGGAGUUGGCGGAGUCGCUGGCGGGCGCGGCGGCGGCGCGCGCGCGGGAACACUCCGCCGCUGACGUCACGCUCCGCCCCGCGCUGCACAACCUCAGGGACAAGAUCGCGCGCGCCAGGCACGCCGCGCACUCGAUAGCAGUAUCAUUGACGUCAAUGGAAGGGACCCCAGCAGGAUGUUCGCGCGCUUAUUCCCUACCGAGUACAUCUCCGUCUACAACACGGUUAUCAACUGCCUUCUCGUUCGCUGUCGUACGAGACGGGCCGCUGCUCUACCUCACUGACAACACGCAGGAAAAGGAAAAAUAUAUGAAGUUAUCUGUAGAGAGGAAACUACUGCGAUUAACUUGGGACUUGGGUGCGGGUGAGGCAUCCAUCACUCACCCUGAGGUUCUGCAUCCCGCACAUGAUGACGCUGAUGCCACCGCGUACCGUGUGGAAAUUGAAAGGUCAGCUUAA